AUGACAACCAAGUUUGUGGACGCCCGAGACUUGAUAAGGAAUCGCCACUUCGUUGGAUAUCAGAAAGGAUCCCUCGUGAGAAAACUUCUAGUGAGACAGCUCAAUUUCAACGAGUCCCGAUUGAUUCCUUAUGGGUCGCCUGAGGAUUACCACGAGGCAUUGUCGAAGGGAAGCGAAAACGGAGGAGUAGAACUCUUCCUUGACAGAUACUGCAACAAGUACAAAAUGGUUGGACCAACCUAUAAAACCGACCGGCUCGCCUUUAUAAAGCCAAGAACUAACAUGGAUAACUUUCAUCAGGCCUUUCCAUUGAGGUCCCCUUUGAUCUCCUACAUCUCAAGGGCAAUCUUGAGGGCCACACAUGAUAAAGCGAAAAUGGACGCGAUCGAAGGAAGAAACUUCCGCGGUCAAAGCUCGUGCCAAGAACAAGAUGCUACGAUCUUUUCGGACAACCUUACCCUGAGCGUGUACAGCUUCGGAGAGCUCUUCAUCAUCACCGGCUUCGUCUUGGUGUCAUCAGUAUUGAUAUACGUGGUUUUGUUCUUCCAAUCCAAUUGGCCUUCUUCGAGGGCGAUUCAUCCCAGUGAUCGCUCCCUUUGGUCCGAGUUUCUGGAAACUGCGAACUUCUUCUUUCGAGAGCGCCGGCUAAUUGGUUUUUUGUGGAAAAUUGGAUCUAGGACAGCUACGAUGUCACAAUUUCGAAGUACGGAAGCUUCCGUGAAUAAUGACGUCGGAGUGAUCGCGAGGACCCCAAAUGAAGGAGAGAAGCCAGUACUCAUUAUACCCGUUUGA